AGGUGUCGCACCAACCAGAUUAAGAUAGAGCAUCAAUGGCAUAGAGCCACAAAAGAAUAUGCGAAUUUCUAGUGAAACAUCAUAUGAUUACCGAGCAAAAGCAUAUACCAUGAGCCGUGUUUUGGCGUUUGCUUGUUGAGCUUCGGGUUCUAAGCGACUGUAUCCAUUGCUCCAGCAACCUCAAAAUCUAUACAAACUCACCAUAAAAAGGUCGACGAUGGCGACAAUCUCCAUGUCCGUGACGUGGUCUGCUUCUCCCCUAACCUCGCCGAAACUACGGCGAGUCAACCGGUAUUCUAGAAUGGCAUUUGCGAGUGGGAACAAGGAGAGCCCUUGUUUUGGCGUGAAGGUUACUGAAGGGCUUGGGAAUUUGCCCAAGGUUGUUUUGACUUCUUCUCCUGGAAGUGAGGCGGAGCUAUAUUUGUUUGGAGGGUGUAUUACAUCGUGGAAAGUAGGCAAUAAAGAUCUCCUUUUUGUUCGGCCAGAUGCUGUAUUCAAUGGGCAAAAACCGAUCAGUGGAGGAAUACCACAUUGUUUCCCGCAGUUUGGACCUGGUCAAAUUCAGCAGCAUGGAUUUGCAAGGAAUGUGGACUGGUCGCUUGUUAAUUCUGAAAAUGUCGAAGGAAAUCCUGUUAUUACUGUCGAGCUGAAGGAUGGCCCCUAUAGCCGUUCUAUGUGGGAUUAUAGUUUCCAAGCUUUAUAUAAGGUUACUCUGGGUGAGAAGACACUUUCUACGGAAUUCAGAGUUACAAAUACUGACCAAAAACCAUUUUCUUUCACUACUGCCUUGCAUUCUUACUUCCGUGGUUCUAUUGGGAGUGUGUCAGUUAGAGGCUUAAAGGGUUGUAAAACACUGAACAAACAUCCCGAUCCUAAAAAUCCUGUGGAGGGUAGCGAGGAAAGGGAUGUUGUUACGUUUCCUGGCUUUGUAGAUUGCAUUUAUCUCGAUGCUCCUAAUGAGUUACAGCUGGAUAAUGGUUUGGGUGACACAAUAAGCAUCAAGAAUACGAAUUGGUCGGAUGCUGUUCUGUGGAACCCACAUCUUACAAUGGAAGCGUGCUACAAAGAUUUUGUUUGUGUUGAAAAUGCCAAGAUUGGACAAGUUGAGUUAGAGCCGAACCAAUCCUGGACUGCUGUGCAACAUUUAAGUGUUCCUUGAAGAAUUGCGAGUAUAAUUCUCAAUUUUGUUGUAAUGCUUUCCUAGAUUUUUCCUCGAUUUGGACAACAAUGCAAAAUGCAAAUAAAGGUGUGCAUCAAGCAUAGCCCUUCAUGGUAUAUAUAACACGAGUAUUUCUCCA